GACCCGGAGACCGCAUCGCACUUUGCGCGUGUCGAGACCAUCCGCAGGCCGUUCGUCCCAACGAUGGAUGACGAGAUGUCAGUGCUGCCCGGCGAGACGGUACGCAUGCUGCUGCGCUUCGAUGAUGGGUGGGCGUAUGCAGAAAAAGUGGGUAGUGGCCGGCGGGGGCUCAUCCCGAUCGACUGCUUGCGUAUGCCUGAGGAAGACCUGCCCGCGUUCCUCGCUUCCAAACGCUUGAGUAGUUAU